UAAAUGAUAGAUCCGUAGAAGCAAAGACGGAAAUUUCAAAAUAUAUUCUGUCGGAACAGUUAGAUUUUGACGUUGCAGAUGAUUUGAUGUUUGCUCAUAAUGUCACAGAGGGAGGAAUUGUUCAUUUUCUACGCAAACUUUUAGAUUGUGACAUGCAAACCAAUGAAAAUACCAGUCCUGAAAGGGAUUUAUUUCUUACAGAAUGUAUAUUUGCCUCAUACGAAAUGUGUACUUACACUUUUUCUACGUUCCCAGACUUGCUGCAUUUAGUAGAUGAAAAUGGAUGGAAUGCAUUACAUUUCGCUGCUAUGGAUGGGAAUGUCAGCUGUCUAACAUUUCUCUUGGAAAGAGGAAUGUUAGAAAAUCGAACAACCAAUUCUAAACUCAAUAUACUACACAUUGCAUGUUUCAGCAGACAAGAAGAGAUGUGUCAAUACAUUUUAUCCAAGUUCCCAGAUAUAAUUCAUUUCGAAGCCGAGGGUGGUUGGAGUGCAGCACAUUGUGCGGCACUUGGAGGAAAUGUCAAAAUUCUUAGGUUACUCACACAAAAAGGGGUACUGACCGACCAAACCACUGAUGAUGGUUUCACUAUUCUUCAUAUAGCUUGUGAAAGUGGUCGAUUUGAAAUGGCUCAAUAUAUUUUAUCUGAAUAUCCAGGAAUGAUGCAUCAGGUUUCCAAAAAUGGAAGUACUGCCGCACAUGACUCCACAAUUGGAGGACAUCUUGAUGUCCUACAACUACUUCUCCAAAAUGGAUUAAAUCCUAAUCAUUUUACAAAUAACAAGUUGAAUAUCCUUCACAUAGCGUGUCUGAAAGCCCGUUUUAAAAUUUUCCAAUACGUUUUAUCAAACUUUCCAGAUUUGCUCCAUGUUGUUAAUAUAUAUGGAUGGAAUGUAGCACAUUGUGCUGCACAUGGAGGAGAUAUAAGUAUUCUAAAGCUUAUUAUAGAAAAGGGAUUGCAAGCAUAA